AUGGCGGACGGAGGAGGAAGAGAUCCUUCUAGUGUAAUAAAAAAAGCCAGAGUGCUUGAUGACGCCGAAUUGCAGCAAUUAUGUAAUAAGAUUGUUGGCUUACUGCAUCGAGGUGAUAGAGGAACAGAGUGUGUYAGUCAACUGAGGCGAUUAUUUUUAAUCUUGGCCGCAACAAGGAGGAGAAGACACAUACCAGACCUUUURAUUGAAUGUCUAAAUGAAGUUGUCUCAGAACCACAACAGGGCUCCAGAAAGUUCAAGCUGCUAUGUUCAGCAGUCUUACGAGAGGUGACCCCAUCAUCACAGCUUAAUAUAAACAGUAUCGACCCACCAGUUGAUCAACAAAGUAUACCYAUAUUGCUGCCUUUAGCUUUAACCCAGGGAAAGGAUUUGGGUUAUUGGUCCAAUCAUAUGCCAUUGCUGAUCAAGUGGAUUACAAGUGGUGGAAUUCCAGUUGAACUUCAAACCACAGCCCUUGGAAGCCUGAACAAUAUGUUUUUUUCUCACCAAGACAUAAUAUCUCCUGAUGACAUUGGUCUAAUAUGCCACCAAAUGUCUCGAUGGCUCAGGCAUGCCAGCACUGUAUCAGCACCCAAUCCCUAUCAAAGACAAUUAUUCAGUGGCAGAAAUAAAGGGUACCAAGGAGUGACUGAAAUUGAUGGUUCGCUGUCAAGAUUCUUCUUUACAAUAUUGAGUAUUGCUUAUUACAGUUUUCCAGACCAAAUACUCAACGUCCAUUCAUUCUCCAUGUUAAGAUCAUGGCUCCUUAACACUGGUGCCAUCCAAGCACAAAYCCAUGAGGGACCAGUUUAUGAKGGACAUUCUCCAGGGAAUGUGUCCUUCUCAUUGGGUUCCCACAACAGUUCRCCAGAAAUGAUAAACCAAUCACCUGCUAAAGACAAUUUUACACCCCCAAGUGCUCAAGAUAACUUAGACAAUAUUUCGAUCGGUUCCCAGUCAUCUAGAGGUUUUAGCCUUCCCAGAUCUGCCUCUCCAAGUGAUCAGUUACAAAAUGUAUUCUCACCAUCAACAAUUUCAGGAAAAUCCCCAAGCAGCUCAAGCCCAAGACCUCGUACACCACUAGCUUUCCCAUUAACGGCAGAAGACCCUGAUGAAAGGCCACCAAGUAGAGGAAGAGAACGCAAAAUUUCAAGGAAAAUUAGUUUUACAAAGCUUUUUGUUCAACAAGGACCUAAAACUGGCCAACAAGAACUCAGAGAGAAAGCAUGUGAAUAUUGCUUACGGGUUUUGGAACAAAGUGAAAAAAUUUACAAUAGUUUGGUUGAAGCUGUAUUGAUACUUGAUACCCUGUGCCAAAAUGAUAAAUCAUUGGUACCUAAACUAAUAGAGAUAGUUAGAAGACUAUACACUAGACUCACAGGAGACAUGAACAGAUGGAAAAGACCAGUUCUCCCUGUUGUACAGUUCCUACUCAAUCAUGGUGAAUCUGUCGUAUUUGAUCCUGAGCCGGCAUGUAAAAUAGUCUUUGGUACAAUGGUAAAUGCAUUUUACAUGAGUCCCUCAUUCUCCUUUGAAGUAAUAAUGUUCUGUCUAGACAACAUGGAAAAGCUUUCCUUGACAACAAGUGUUUUCACAAAGUUCUUUCCCAAUCUUUUUAAGAUACUAGCAUGGUCACCGAGGACGUUUCUGAGAGAGUUCAUAGAACURCUGCCUGUCAUGAUGUCUGAAGAUUCAGCUGUCGAGAUUUUCCACACCAUUCUUGACCUUCCUUGCUUAUCUGCUGCCCUUUGCGCUGCCUGGGCAUCUAGAGGUUCAGAAGGAUCCAAUCCAGUACCUACUGCAGUGAGUGCGUAUUUGGACCCACAGCACAGACCUCUAUUCAGCUUCAUUCUCAGACCCGAGUCUGGCUGUGGUGACACAAUAACGAGGUUAAAAGCACUCAAUAGUUURCUUGAAGACAUGGCCGACCAUCCACGUGUKAUCGUCWGUUCACAGAUUGCACCAUCUUUAGUUAGUUUGUAUUUCACAACUCUCCUAGAAGAAGCAGACGUAGAUACUGUCAGCAAACUGAUUCCAGUUAUUUUAGAGAGAUCAUCUCUGCUGUUCGAUUGCCAAUCUUACACACUAGAUACCCGAAGAAUACUGGGCGAUAAAUUAGUGGUGAUAUUCCAGAAGUACCCRAGUCUAGUUUCAACGCAUCAACAAGAACUCAUGGAAUUCAUAACUGGCUUCAAAAAUCUAGGAACUGACAAAGAACAUGUCUUUAUUAAUCUGGUUUGGUCAAUUGGAGAAUUUGCGUCUACAGCGUACGAUGGUGGCUGUACCGUUCAAACUAUUGUGCAAUAUUUCGAGACUCUCGAAGCUUUGACGUACGAGAUAGUUAUGCAGUCAACUCCCGGAAAGCUUGUCUUCUCAGGUAGAUUGGUGUCUGUAUGCAUGACAGCUUUGGCCAAGCUUGCUUCUCGCUGCCAAGACCUCAUACAAAGAGCGAUAAUGUGCUGUAGCAAGGUGGUGAGGCAAAAACCCGAYAUGCUAUUAGAUGCCGAGUGCUAUAGUGACCUUGUAACACGUGCACAGGAGUUGAUCCAACUUCUUAAAUUACCAAAUGUUGCWCCUGUCAUUCUAAGUCCUGACGCAGAUUGGAUGUCGGGAAGGUGGCACAGGGACAAGAACACUUCACUUCCCUUGCUUCUGCAGUCAACUAAGAUGGUUUUAUCCUAAACAUCAAGGUGAAGACUUCUAUUUAAUUGGUUAUAACCGUUAAGUCUCUUCUCUAUACAUUAAUAAAUUGCAGCAAGAGGGCUUGUUUUACGACGAGUAUUAAGGCACUCUCGACGUUUUUCUUACACGACGUGGAUUAAGGGAGAGGGGUAGAUUGUAGUCAUUGUUUCAUAGGUUGUCGCAAAAGCUUUCAAAAUUCUGUGCCGUAACAACUGARAAAUAUUGUUUUAAAUUGAAACAUUUAAACGUAAUUUAAACGUACUAUAAAUUGUAAAUAGAAAUUAUUUAGUAAAUCAAAAAUCAAAUAGAAUU